AUGACGGAAGCGCUGCGUCUAUACCGCGCCAUCUACCGCGCCGCAGCGAAGAUGCCGACACGCGACCGCAUUAACUACGUGCGGCGUCGUUUGCGCCACGAAUAUGACGUCGCGCGGGAGGAGACGGACCCCGAGCGACUGAUGUUCUUGCUGCGUGUCGCGGAGACGCAGCUGGAGACGGUCGAAGUGCAGGCGGAGCACCUGAACGCGACGUUUGCCAGUCCAGAUUACCACCGCGCGUAG